AGUACACUUUUGACAUUGAAUUUACAUUAACUGUUUUUUAAUGUACCUGCUUGAAAUUUGCUUCCAUUACAUUACAUUAAAUUCUACUGCCGAUUUUUAACAGUGUACUAUAGGUUUUCAGUACUCUGAAUGAAUAAUGGAAUACACCUUUAACAAUGACCCAUAUUUUUAUCUCACUCAUUUUUAUAAAUAAAUGUGCUUUUAAGCAUAUAGUUUACUGAACUUUACACAAGUACUUACCGUAAUAGAUAAUACUUUCAUUAGUAAUGUGCUUAAAAGUGCAUUUAUAAAAGUAAGUUGAGAAAUUGGGCCCACGUCUUUUUUUUCUUGACCCUUAUUAGAACAUUAUCUAUGUAGGCGCUCUGGCAUCAUUGGCAUUAAGUACUCUUUAUCAAUUCUGCUCUCUUCUCUUUAUCCCUCAAUCUAUUCAUAUGCAAAAAAAUAUUUAUCCUAAAGACUUCAACAAAAUUUUUAAAAAAUCCAUGCAUUCUUCAAGAUAUUGUGUAGAAGAAGAUACAAAUAAAUUCCUGAAUUGAGCUAAGAAUAUUCCUUUACAUGCAUUCAAAUAUAUAGUAUAUUUGAUAGGAUCUGAUCCCGUUGUACAUGUGAUUUUGCGUGCGCUUCUAUUUAUAGGAGAAUCAUAUUACACAUAUUUCUAGAAAUCUCCCUCGAUAAGAAUCAGUUACAUUUAAAUCAUCUCUCUAACCAAUCAAACGCUCACUUAUUUAGGCUUUUCUCAGGAAAGUUUUGAUUGGUUUACAAGAGAGCUAUUCUGUCCGAGGACGAUUCGAAUCAGUCAGUUUGCACUGUACUUUGCUUACACGACGGUUUAUGUAUACUCUUUCUGUUGAGUUGUGCGAGUGGAUAUACAGGCAGUGUAGAAUAUCUAACGUCGAAUAAUUGUUUCGCUAUCGAAAUUUCUUUGCGUUUUUAAAGCUUGAUAUGUUCAGAAAGUCGGGCAGUUAAUAUUUUUCCGCUUUGCGAAAGAACGCGGGAGAAAAAAAAACGAGAGUUCGUCUUUUCGAGCGGUUUUGUGGCCGGAGAAGGCUCAAGAAGGCGAGUCUAUCCGGAGUCCCCGAUUUCAAAGCUGAAUAAAAUAGAGGGAAAGAGAAAUAAAAAUAUUUCGAUAUAUUUAGAUCGUGAAGUUUUCUUUUUUAAAUGUUAAAGGCGAGAGCUUUUCGGGACAAAUCUUUUGUGGAAUUUCAUUUUCUAAUGACUCGUGGAACAACGUAUUCGUGACGGCAUUACAUUUCGGGAAUCUAUUGACUCUCGUUUGCCCUUCGCGUGUUUGUUUACAUCGCCGAGGCGGUUGCGCGAGAAAAGAGCGAACUGUUAGGACAAAGCGGCCAAACAGAUAAGGAAAUCCGAUUUCUCUGUCGCGCUCGGUUUAUUCGUGGCGAGAACUAGCGAUAUUAUAAUGAGAUUAACCGCCAUCGAUCGGUUUAUCGGUCUGAAUCGCCGAACGCGGAAACGACCGCUGGUCGGCCCAACUGGAUCUCCCUUUCUGGACAUCCUUGUUAUGCAAACCAGGGCCUGCCGUUGGUUCCGGAAAAACAAAUCUGUUAAUCGUCCAAAGCAAGCGACCUUUCGAGAUGAAGCCAUUAUAUCAAUGUCAUUGGCCGGAGAGGUGACUGACGCUUCGAUCAUGGAAGUAGGACGUUCUAGACCACAGUUUCAAUAUUCUCGGGAGGAUCUAAUGCUGAUAAAAAAUUUGCGAUUAUCUAGACGCAGGCCUACAUUCCUAGAUAUCGCUUAUAAUAACUCGCGAGGCGUUUGGGAUCCUGAGCGCUGGCAUUCGGAUAGAAAGCGUAGCGAUACACCCCCGAAAGAAGAAAGGACUGGACGUGGUGAUCAAAUCACUGAGAAUCAUAGUAAGCGACGUAACAAUGGCGAUCCACGAGACCGAAUACGUAAAGAACAAGACGGCAUCGUUUUGAGCCCACAACGAAGAAGUUUUAAUUCGGGAUGUUUCGUUAACGUGAAUCAGCCACCAAGCCGGCGUCCGGAGAGCCCGAUUGGCAAAACAGAGGUCAGCCAUCGUGAACCUGUCCGUCGAAUCGGUAGCGGGAGAAUUUUGACACGAGAUAUAUGGGACUACAGAGCGGAAAACGAAAAGAUCGAAUCUGAGCGUGCGGAUUAUGGUUUUAGAUCAGGCACGGCUACUGGUGGCUCUCUGCGUGAUCGUGAUAAUAGAGAUAAUCGUGAUGGGAAAGAGCGGGACAGGGAUCGCGACAUGCGAGAAAGGGAACGUGAUCGUGACAGUCUGCGCGAGCGGGACGAGAGAUUUGAGCGGAGAUCCUUUGGCCGAGAUUAUGGGGAUCGCGGCGAAAGAGAGCGCGAUCGUGGCGACAGAGGAGUGGAUCGAAAUGAACGAAACAAUCAUCAGAUGGACCGUGAUAAGGAUCGCGGACGCGAGAAGAGAUUCGGCAAUGAUCGUCGACGGACUUAUAGUGAUACUCGUGAUGCAGAUGAACCAGAAUGGUUCAGCUCGGGACCUACGUCUCAACAUGAUACAAUCGAGCUGAGAGGUUUUGAGGAUAUCCCAGAGGAAAAGGUAGUAAUCAGUGCCAAGAGUAAGAAACAAAAUCCUGCACAGAAGAAACGGGGCAAGAGAAAUUCCACAGAGAAGGAUGAUAAAUCAAGUGAGAACUUGACGGGCCCUAAAGGACGCAGCACUCCGACCGUCAUAGAUCAGCCUAUGAACGCUGUACCGGCGCCACAUUCUCCGAUUUCCGAACAAACUGAGCAAUCUAUUACUCAAAACAAAGAGAACGACGUCAGUGUGAGUACUGUCACCGAGCCAACGUCCGAAUCGGGAGAGAACUCCAGCGCAAAUCAGAAUCAAGAGGAUGCGCAUCCUGAUUUUAAUCUGGAUGAGUUUCUAAAAUCUGAUACGUUUCCUGGCGUUUCUGGGCUGUUAACGAAUGGAGUUGGUUCGAAUAGCGGUACCGGUUCGCGAUUCAGUCAGUGGUUUAAAAGAGAAAGUCCAAUUCAACAGGCAGAUAGUCGUAGAGCUUCCAUACAAGAUGAACUACUGAACAAUUUAUUGAAUGACAUCACCGAGCCAAAUAUUCAAAUACCAUCGGUGACAGAAUCAAACACCUAUUUUGCUCCAAUUUCUCCGGCCAAUACGACCAAUAAUGUUAACACGACCACAAAUGGCGUCAAAUUACUCGAGAUGUUACAUCGUGGUAAUAAGCCAAAUCAAAAUGGCCAGGGUGACGCGAGUAAUACGGCUAUACCUAUGAUGAAAAAUUGUUCUAUUAAAGAUUUGGUUGGUGGCAAAGUUGUGCAUAGUUUGGAAGAGUUGGAAGCACGUAUGCGGGGUGGUGCUCCUCCACCUGCGACUUCGACUGAUGCACCCCGUGUAAAUAAGACUGAAGAAGAUCUCUCUGCUUUUAAGAAACUGCUUGCUCAAGUGACUGGAGGACAAGCUGUGCCUGCAGCUAACGGACCUAUCACUCAAAAACAACCUGUAACGUUAAUGCAAUUACUUAAUUCACAAUUGAAAACCCAACAGUCGUCGAUGCCACAUCAACAACCGCCCGCAGAACCAAUUCAUACAUUUAAUCACGUCGGUCCCCUUGGUCCUACUCAACAUCCGCAUCAGGCUCAGAUGCAACACGAGAAUCUAAUGAAAGUUUUGCAAAUACAGCAGCAGCAGCAGCAACAACAGCAACAGCAACAAAAGCAACAGCAACGACAUUCCGAUAUGCUAUCGAUGAUGAUGGCAAAUCAACGGAUGUUGGGUGUCAGUCCGGUGCCGACAGAGAUGCAAAUGAUGAUAAAUAAUGUUCCGUCGAGCCAAGAGCUCUUACAACGACCAGAAGCUCAAGCAAUUAUUCAAGGUUUACAGCAAGGGGAGAUUACCAGACAACAUCUAAUACAGCAAUUACAGAAUCCCGCAAUGCAGCAUCGCCAUCGAGAAGUGCUGGUGAACAUAUUGAAAAUGUAUGGUGGCACCACACCUCGCACUAUAAGUCCACAUCCUCAUCCCACUGCUCCUAUCCCUCAGGAUCAUAUCCUGCAACAAAUGCUGUAUCAACAACAACAGCAACAGCAGCAGCAACAACAGCAGCAGCAGCAGCAGCAGAGGAUUCCAUCUCCUAUGAAUAACGCUUAUUGUCCACCUCCGAUAAUAUCGCCAAAUUUAACAGCUAGUCCUAGUACUUUAACAGUGCAACAUCCAGUGAUACCGCACAGAGUACCAUCGCCAAGGGAGAUCGUUAUGCAUACUCAGUCUAUAAUGCAAAAUGCUUUAAUCAAGAAAAAAUUGGAGGAACAGCGUGAGAAUUUCCGUAAGCGACAAGAUCAGCAGCAGCAACAACAGCAGCAGCAACAAGUUCAGCAACAGCGCGCAUCGAGUCCUGUUAACUCGCCAGCUAAGCAAACAGCGAGUCCGCUUGCUUUCACUCCAACGUCCGUUUUACGUAAAAUGACUGCUGAUAAGGAACCUGACGGGAACAGCAAUGAGCCAUCCAAAUUGUCUACACAAACUCAAGCUUCUCAGAUGCAACAAAUGCAGUCGGCUGCGGUUCAGUUACUUGCACAGGGAGCUCUCUCAAGACACACCGCAUUGCGAUCACAACCUCCUGUUCAAUCAACAUGGUCGAAUCCAUCGCUUAAACAACAUCCAGGUCGACCUAUAGUAAAAGGCGGUAAUAAUAAUAAUGCAAGUGGCAAUCAGUUCCAAUAUAAUACAGGAAAUGCGGAAUUUCAACAACAGCAUAGAACAGUUCCGAAUGUUUAUGGCAAUCCAGCACGAUCUAAACACACAAUGGCAACUUCGUUACCGCAUCAUAAUGUUCCACAAUACAAUAUGGCACAAAACUCAAUUAUGAAUCAGAGAGCGAAUCCUAUGAAUACUCAGAUGAAAACGCAGCAAGUCCCAACGCAUCUCGCUAAUGUGCAACAACCACAACCACCGCAUGGAACCGUUAACAUGCAACAACAACCGCCGCAGAGAGCUGUAAAUACGCCGAUGCAACUUGUCAUGAGCCAAAACUAUAAUUCUAAUCGCACAGAUGGACGGGCGAUGCGAUCGCAACAAUUGAACAUGGCUGUUGGUCGUCAACAUUCACCAGGCCUCGGAUUUGUUGGCAGUAACGGAGGUGACCUUUCACCAACAUCCAAUCAACUAGCGCGGUGGUUCAGUCCGGAACUUCUCGCUCAAGCUCGGGCUGGUAAGCUUCCAGAGCUUGCACAAACGAACGUCCUUUCAUUGGAAGAGCUUGAGAGACUUCAACAUGCAUCAACCAUAGUGCAUAACUAAAGUGACAUUGUACUCGAAUUACGUUUCAAUUUUACAAGCGCAAAAUUGCAUUGGUAACGCUACUACUGGUCGGAGAAUCGGUAUUCUUCGUACAUUUCCUUUUACGUCCGAAGCACCUGUGUAACAUCCCCUACAUGGAUGCUGGAUACACGCCGCUAAAUUAUAAAAUGGUGCUCGCCUACAUAGAUCUUUUUAUCGAGUCUUCGUAUCGACAAGAGGUUUAUCGAAGUAACGCCAUGUAUUUUGAUUAGGAAUAGAUUAAUUGGUUGGAUGGUACUUCUUUUUCGAAAGAUCUUCUUUCGCCGAAAAUAAUUGCUGAUAUCGUUUGUAAAGCCAUUUUUCCAAGUUUCGCAGAAUGUUGUUUAGAAAUCACAACAAAUGUACAGACUAGUAUAUGAUAUUAAGAACGAAGCGUUAGAAGAAAAAGCGGACAGCUUUCUAUAUGAAAACGACGUAUUGUUUAUAAGACUGAAAAAAAAAGAAAAUUCUUAUUGUUGAUUAUAUAAUGAGCUGUUAGAGCUUCAUCUGCGUACUUUCUAAAUAACAACACACGAUAAGAUCUAUUUGCCUAAGAUAGGACUGCAAGUUUCUUAUGUGUUCCUGUUUCAUUAUCUAGCAAGAAUCUGAAAAUUACCUGGUGACUUUUGAAUAAUUAAUUUCUAUAUGUUUUUAUUCCAAGUAUAUUUGUAUCAAGUCCUUAUUUUUUUGUUGAUCAUUAACAGAUAUGAGGAUAUACUGUGGCUGUAUUUUGUAAUGAUUCAUAAGUACUAAAAGCACCAUUGCACGAUUACGUUCCUUGAAUUCGGAACAAAGCAAAACGAUAUUUUUGCUGCUGUCAGCAAGUGUGAAAAUAUUGUCUAUAUACUAUAUAUGUGUCUAACAUAAAAACUUAUAUUGUCGCCAACAAGAAUAAGAACUAGAUAGUCAAUACGUUUAAUCUAGUAUUAUUUAUAGAAUACGUCGCGCUUGCUUAUUUACGAUGGGACUUGCAAAGACCCUUAGGCAAAUAAUACGCGGAUCCUUCGAAUUUGUAAACUGCAAGAUAGCACCUGAUUACAAUUACUUACACAAAGUGGUGGUGUCGUAUUUAAUAUUCUAUUCGUAUUACUACAAACAAUGCGACCUUAUUAAUACGAAAGCGUACGAAAUAAAACGAUGAGUAUGUGACAUCAAGUCAUACAUAUAUUACAAAAAUAAAUAUAUAAUAUAUACUUCUCGUGUGUAGAAGAGCGCGUGAGAGUGUAAUGUCAUUAUCCUGAUCGAAAGUGAUACAUAGACACAACUGUUUCUUAAUAAAAAAGCUCGGAAAAUAAUAAAAAAAUUAUUCGCAGAAUUAAUUAAAGAAACUGAGCACAUUCCACCCGCCAAGGGAAUCAAAUUAAACAAGAUGUUUUUGAGAAUUUCAAUCGACGUGAAUACUGUUGCUAACAUGCAUUUGCUUUCCAUGUAAUUGUUAUCUCAAGAUUACAAUUUCCAUAUAAUUACGUAAAAAGGAUAUAUAUAUAUGUAUGAAACCAAUUUUAAAACGAUGAUUUCUAUUAAAAGUUAUAUUUCGAAAGGAGAUAAUCUUAUAUUUCAAAGGGUGAUAAUAUUGUUUACUAUUUAACUGUACAUUAGAGUCUCAUGCGCGAAUAAUUGCAUUUUUCUUUUUUCAUGGUUCAUGCAAUUAUAUUUUAUAACCUUUAGGGCUCUUGAUUCCUCAGCCGAGAAUUCUACAUUGACGAUGGCGACAUAGUAUUAUGAAAAAAAUUAAAAUUAAUACACGUGAAAUGUGACAGGUUGAUGACGAAAUUUUGUCUUGCAUGUUAUUUCGUUAUUACGUGUUUUAUUGUAAAAAUGUGACUUGUCUCAUAUUUAUCAAAUUCGUAAAAAUAGGUGGCAAGUAAAAGUUAUUUUUUAAUUUUAUACAUAAAAGCAUAUUUUUCAACAGUUGUUCGUGUGUUUCGUGAAUAGGCUUUAUUUUAUGUGCUUUUUACAACUAGUUACUGUCAGAGGAAAAAAAGAUGGUCGAGGCCCAUUUCUACAAAUGCUUUAAAACAAUCUUAUUCUGUUUUAUUCAAAUUCUGUUUAUAAAUGCCACAGAUGAAAUUUUUAUGUGUUAUUUUAUGAUGUCACAAUCUCAAUAUGGCUGCGCGAGAAGUCAGGAGCCUUGAGAAUUACAGCUUGAGAGCCAAAAUAAUUUGCAUGAUAUUUUAUAUUUAAGAAAAAGGAAAAAAACAAAACAAGUAUUUUAUUGGAAGAGAAUAUUUAUCUUUUUUUUUAUUAAUUGUUUAACAUUUAUAUAAACAAGUUACCUAUUUUAAUUUUUAAAUAUUGAUUCAUAAUUUACUUGCAUAUGCUAAUCUUCUUUUUAUUAUUGCGUAUAACUGUAUAGAAAGUUGUAAUAAGGAACAUGAAGCAAGUUUACACAUUUGAAAUCCCAGGAGGGAAAUAACGUUUAUUUUCAUAAUUAUUUUGUGCUUGCAGAUGAAACAUUAUAUGAACUCAGGUUUGCGUGGUACAUGUUAUUACGACAAAAUGUCCUAAUAGUACUGUAAGCACUAUAAUUUCGAUAAAUAUUGUGUGAUAAAAAUAUUUUAGGUAAACAUUAUUUACGUCAGUGCCACAUUAAUCUGCAUUCACAUAUUUACUCUCGCCAUUGGAUCUUGCUGAUCUCUUGUACGCUUGUUAUCCUAUAUAUAAGAAAUAUUCUUUGUAUGAUAAUAUUUUAUAAGAGAGACAGAGCUUAUCUUCAAAUGCAUACAAGUUCUAUUUGUAACAUUCAUUUACAUUCAACAAUCAACUAGAUUCUUAACUGAUAUAUAAGCAUAUGUUGAAUUAUAUGCAUAUUAUAUAUAUCAACUAUAUACGUAUAUAUUGUAUUAUAUUUGAUAAAAUAUAUAUAAAAUAUGUAGAACAUAUUUUAUACAUAUACAUUAUAAUAUAAUAUGAUAAGAUGAAUGUCGAAAAUAAUUUGCACGUAGAUGACAAUUACGAAAUAAUACACAUGAACUAUUCGCAAUGACAUUCAUAAAUUUUACAAUUCGCGAAAUUUCGAAAAAUGCAAGAUUGCUUGUGGGACUCUAACGUUACGCCAAAUGUACUCGUCGCAUUCGUAGGUUCGAAAGAAAUGCAUUAUAUGGUACAAAUACUUGUACAUACGUGCGACGAAGAAAAAAAAGAAGUUUUGUUUUUAUAGCAUUUCUAUUUGUCGAUACAUUUUCUCAUCUGACGUAUUGAUGGCAAUUUUUCAAAUUGUAUCUUGAACUGAUUUAUCAUCAUAAAUUUAUCUCAAGCGUCCAAAGCAUGAGCGUACAAAGCGCAUUAAAACAAAAAGUAAAAGAAAUUUAAGUCAUUAGACCGUGAUAUCUGAAUGCAAGUAUCAUCGAAAAGAGAGAAGAUUGGAAUUCCGAUUACUGUGCUAACGUUAUUUUACUACACGUGCGAUAUACCGAAGUAAAAAAAGACAUCUAUUGUGUGUAAAAAAAAUAGUUCCUCAAUAGAUACUUUCAACAAAACUCUAGUUGAGGAAAUAUUUUUUAAUGAAAUUUAUUUAACAUUCACUUUAAAAAUUCAAUUGGCAUGAUUAAAAGAUACUCUUAAUACUAGAACGACCGUAAAAAUUGUCGCGCGCAUAUUUUAAAUGAUUAAGAUAAUUCUAAUUUAAACGGCUUUAUGACUUUGUUAUUUUACAUUCGUUUUGACUUGCAAUUUUAUUUUUAUUUCUAUUUUUUUUAUGUUUAAUGUUUAUCUUUAAAUUAUCCGGAAAUGGUUAAAGCCAAAAGCCGGUCUUUCUAGUAUUGAAAUCGAAAUUUCUUUGGACGUUCUUCGAAAUUCCGCGUUUUUGAAUGUAACAUUUGUUGACUUGGUGGUAGCGAUUUCUACUCUUUUGAGACAAAAGGAUUGCUAUGUUUUAACAACAUUGCAUUUCAAUUUAAUUUCACGUUUCUUGGAUGAGGGCGAAGCUUGUUAACCAAUAUUUGAUAGAAGAACAGAGGCAAAGUGAAGAAAUUCUAAUCGAGAUGCGCGAGGAAGCAUUAGCGCGAUCUUUUUAUAAGACGCAAUUGCAGUAAUUACAUUUCUGCUUUUAUUAACUGGAAAAUAUUUGCGAACGAGAUCCGAUGCAUUUGCGAACUUAAAGAUUGUUCCGUAACUUGAAGACACAUUUUUGUAAAUAAAUCGAUUCCCGAGUAAACGCUAAAGUACGUUUAGUCUGUGCACUGUGGGUCGAUGACUUGUAUAUAAACAAAGUUACUGAAUAUUAUAUUACGUGAAGUCGAGAAAGAGAAAAUGUCAAAUAAAUACAAAAACUGUAA